AUGACCCAUCCUAGACAAGAUUUCAUCCGCCGCCGAUUUGAAAGGGAUCGUUCUCCUGAACUCCCAACCAUACAAACAUCGGAGAUAGACAGGAUCAGCGAUCCAGCGUUUGCAAUACCAAUGCCUAAUCUGGGCACAGAAAAUACACUGGGAAUGAUCGCAGACCCGGCCGGAUAUAUUAGAAGCCAUGAUAGCACACUCGGUAUUGAGCACGGAGAAGACAGCGAUCAGCGUAUGAAAUCCCGUAACACAGAUCUUGCCAUGCCUGUUCCGUCUCAAUCGUGGCCUGCACCUGCACCAGCUCAAACAGAAGCACGAGGAUUACAACCAGAGGCAAGUAACUCCAUUACCCCUAAGUCGGAAGAUCAGUGGGAUCCAGCCAAUGGAAAUACGAACUACAUCGCUAGGCCUUCCAUUUUAGGAGCAGGACUGUUAUAUAUGAUCGGGAGACCUGUUCAUGUGGCUAACAAAAGCGACACCACCCUUUCAGAAGAAUUCGAUCGUUCAUGGCCACAAGAGCAAUUGAUGGAUGCAAAAUCCAGGGAGGAUCCAGCGAUAGAUAUAAUGAAAGCUGUAGAAGCGUUCUGUCAGUCAGUCCCUCCUUCAGUAGACGCGAGAAAGGCCACAAGGGAAGCUCAUUUUUCACGCAAGCUUCACGAGUAUUGUUUGUUGCGUGUUAGCUAUUGGUUUAUGCCUCCUCCGCUGACGGCGCUUGGUUCCCUGGCGAACCAAUUUGGGGGAUCGAAAAGAAUAAUAUGGAUAAUGUAUUUGACAGCUAGCAUCUUCCAGUCAUUUGAACAGGUCUCCCAAGCUUGUGUUCCGGCCUCAACCAAAUACAUUGCUUGGAUCGAUACAUUUGAACAAAAGUUUACUACAGACUCUCGUCACAAUCUGUCAUUGAGCGAUAUGUCAGAACGUCUGAUGGCUCAUCUUGAGCUAGCGUUCUUGAAGUUUGCCGUGGCUGAUAGUGUUUCAGGGUAUGCUCUACUCAAAAGAGCGCUACCCAAGUUUCUUAAGAUCUCAUCCAUGGACUCGAACUCACUGAUGGAAGACGCUAACGGGUGGCUAGUGAUUUCGUUUUCUUACGCGCUUACUGGGCCUCGGAACGAACUUAGAAGGUUCGCUACAUAUGACACCAUCGUAGCAUUCUUAUUUGGAGUUCCACCCUUGGCAGAGUACGGGUACAACCACGAAUAUGGUCCUGAGCCACAAGGGUUCGAAUGGUCGUAUGGGAUUCCUACGGCGCUUCUCCAGAUUGUGUCGCAAGUAAACUCAUGGAGAUAUUGCUCGAGAGUUGCUCUCGAUGAUUGGCAAACGUUAGAGAAGCAAGUUUAG